AUGGCUAUUGGGACGAAGACUAAAGUGAACGGCAAGACCAAUGGGUCUAAGUCCUCGAAAAAGGAGCUCAAAAAUCCAACGCUGUUUUCCAUUGAACAGUGUGCUGAAUACAGACAAGAACUCCUUCAAUCUACGAAGAACAUAAACCUGAUCUCCGAGUUGCUGCAGAAUUUUAAGCUGUCCGAACCGCUUAUAUUGCGGUCGAAAGUUUCUGAUAACGAUCUUCAGAAGAUUUCGGCGUUGAGUGUGACCCUGGCGCAAGUUUUUUUGGAUUUCAUAAAGACUGGCAGACUCAAAGUUUCCAAAAGUGCAGGCGACAAACAGGCGAUGGUAGCAAAAUGGCUGAAAUCCAAAUACAGUGAGAUGAAGACAUUCAUGAUACAUAUUCUCUCACUACCAGAAGCUCUAGACUUGAACGAGGAUGUGAAGUCUUUCAAGAUUGGUGUGCUUGAGAUUCUGAUGAAGCUUCUCAAGGCCGAGUCCGACAAUAUGGGAUCUGGCGAGGAACCGUACUUUUCCACAAAGACUUAUGGCGAAAUAAUCUAUGGAGUUUUGCUGUCUGGGGAUAUAAGCCAGAUUCUGAGUGAUGGUACAAUUGACAACUACCUGUUGUUGGAGUUCAUGGAUUCCUAUUUCAACAGGUAUUGGGAUCUGAAGUACUAUUUUAUGUCAGAACUCAAGAAACAGCUAGAAGCAGAUAUUAUGCAGCUGGAUAAUGACAGCAAGAAAGUGGUGUUCUCCAGUUUUGCUACGCUUGUGAAAAUGAAGAAUGUCAUCAACGAUUUUGAAAAGACAGUGAAGAAGACCUACACCAAGAACCCACCAAAAGUGAUAUCUCAGCAGACAGUUUUCAAGCAGAAUUUUGAGAAGAACUGGAUUACUUUGCUGAACUUUCCUUUGGAGCUUUCUCAGUACAAACUCGUGUUGUUAAUGGCUGAUAAGCGUAUGAUUCCUUUCUUCAACAACCCAACCAAACUCAUGGAUUUUCUCACCAACUCAUAUGAUACAGGCUUCAGCUCUUCCGAUAUCACCAUCUCCAUUUUAGCUUUGAAUGGUCUCUUUGGUCUCAUGAGACGCUUCAACUUGGAAUAUCCAGACUUUUUCAAAAAACUAUAUGCUAUUUUGACUCCAGAAUUACUGCAUCUAACCGUGAAAUCCAGGUUUUUCAGACUGCUCGAUGUGUUCAUGGGUUCCACUCAUUUGUCUUCAUCUAUCGUUGCAUCUUUCAUCAAGAGGCUGGCCAGAAUCGCGCUUACAGCUCCACCAUCCGGUGUUGUGAUAGUCAUUCCUUUCAUAUACAAUCUCUUGAAAAGGCAUCCAACAUGUAUGCUGCUUCUGCACAACACCACAGAAUUUGAAUCUUUCGAAGAUCCAUUUGAUGAAGAGGAAGAAGACCCAUCCAAUACCAACGCUCUCAAGUCUUCCAUCUGGGAAUUGCAAACGAUGAUGAACCAUUACCACCCCAACGUUGCCUCUUUGGCCAAGAUUCUGCAACAGCAUUUUAACAAGUACAGCUAUAAUAUGGAAGACUUCUUGGACUGGAAUUAUAACAAGUUUAUAACCACCGAGUUUGAGAAGAAGGCCAAAGGUGAAGUUGCUGUUGAUUACGAGAAAUGGGAUACUGUGCUUGGAUUCGAGUCAUCAUACCUACCCGGAUUCGAGUUUUGA